AUGAAAUAGAUUAUAAGGCCAAUUAGAAUGUGUACUCCAAUAAUAGCAACAAAUAAUUAUUUGAACAUUUACAAUUUGAAUUAAUUCUUUUUACGGAUGUCAUUGGAAAAUAAUGAUGACGAUCUGGAACCCCUUAAAGUAAAAGAAGAACAAAAUAUUCGUAGGUUAAUUAAGAAUCUGAUAUGA